GCUAAAUUAAUUAAUUUUGUGUCUAUUUCCAAGGAAUGCCUAAACACAUCAAAAGAUGGUGUGGAGGUAUUUUAGGAGCAUCAACAUUGAUAGGUCUAGCAUUCUAUGACAGUUACCGUUGUGUUCAACGACUAAGAAGACCUCUUAAUACGAAUUUUCUGACGAAACGAUGUGAAUACAUAUACAUAAAACAUAAUUAUCUGAGGGAACCAGUGAAAGACAUCCUAAAUGAACUAUUUCAAGAAGAAACCAUGAUCUAUAGUGUUCUCUAUAAUAUUAAAAAAAAACUGACCUUCACAAAAAUCGAAUAUGCGCUUAAAACUCUUCGUGUGGCAAAACAUUCAACAAGUCCUUUUGAAAGACGAAAAGCUAUCAGAAAUCUUUCAAGUAUUAGACUCGAUCUGGAUGAUUGGGAAUUCCGCUUUCUUGCUCAAUAUUGCAAUUCAGAAACUGCUGUUAGCUUGGCGCGUAGCCUUGGCGAUCCCAAUUUGAUAAGAAAACCUCGGGAAUUUGGAAAAUUUAGGACCAAAAGUGAAAUUGUAGCUGAUUUCAAAUCAAUGCUUGAGAAAAUGAAAGAUAAUCCUUGCGUGAAAUUCAUAUUUGAGACAACAAGUGCAUUUGAGAACAUCAAAGAUGUUGAUCAUGAAACAAGUUUUCACGAUUUUCACCAUGAAAAUGACCACAUUCAUCAGUCACUUGAUCAUCUUCUGCAUCUUACAAAUGACCCAAGAUUAUGUUUAAAAAUUGCUGAACACGACGGACUUGACAUCAUUUUGGAUAUUUAUAAAACUUUCAAAGACAACAUUGACAUUAAAAUGAUUCUAACGAAAAUUAUCACAAAUAUGUCUUCAUCACACGAUACAAUGAUCGAUUACUUUCAUAAAAGCGGAUGGCUUUAUCUACUUUCAAAUUGGCAAUGUGACGAAGAUCUUCGAAUUCAAGUUCUUGCAUCAACAUCGCUGCACAAUCUUGAUAAAUAUGACAAUUCUUCCUUUAUUUAUCGUCCAAAACUUUAUCCACUAUAUCCCCGUACAAAAAUUAAUAAAGAUCCAGCAGUUGAUGUUAUUUUCGUUCAUGGCAUCCUUGGUGGUAUCUGGAUAACAUGGAGAGUCCAAAGAGAAUCAGAUAUUUCUAGUGUUGAAAAAAACCAAAAAAGCAUUUUGCCAUUCGAUGAAAAUAUACAAAAUUCGUUCAUACAAGAAGAAGCAGUUUUUCGUGAUGAAAAAAUUGUUCAAAUGGAACCAGGUCCAGCGAAUAAAAUUCUGACAAUAACUCAAGAAACAGCUAAGCGUGUUAUUGCAGCACUUCAUGAAAUGGCAGAAGAUAAACUGACAAAUGACGAUAUGAAACUCUCUCGACAAAUCUUGAAACACAUCGUUAAAAAAAUAGAUGAACAAAAGUAUAGUUAUUGUUGGCCAAUUGAUUGGCUUCCUCAACAGUUUCCUUCAGCUCGAAUUCUUGGACUUCAAUUUGAGUCAGCACUCAGUUAUUGGGUGAAAAAAGUUUGCCCCUGUGAAAGAGACAAAUUAAAGUUGAAAUAUCGCUCUCUUGAUUAUAUUCCACGUCUUGCUGAUGCUGGAAUAGGUAAUGAUCGACCCAUUGUCUGGAUUUGUCAUUCAAUGGGAGGCUUGAUUGUAAAAGGAAUUAUUAACGAAGCACUUAAAAGUAAUGAUCCAAACGUUAGAAAAAUAGGUGAAAAUACUCGAGGAAUUAUCUUCUUAGGAACACCACAUCGAGGAUCAGCCAUUGCGAAGUACAGUCAACAAGCGGGAGUUUUAUGGCCAACAAUUGAAGUUCAAGAUAUGGAAGAAAAUUCAAAAGAUUUGUUGAAGUUAAAUGAUGAGUUUUUGGAAAAUGUGUCAGACACGAAAAACCAUGUUGAAAUUGUGUCUAUUGCGGAAGGAUCAUCAAUGAAAGUGUUUCAGAAUAUAAAACUUAUUGUUGUGCCAUUGGAAAGUGCUUACCUUGGAUAUGGAGAAUUUUAUGGCGGCUCAAAAACUUCUCCUGGUGAUUUGCAGAACAUGAUCUCAAAAAUGAUGAAGAAUGCAAAUCAACAUGAACAGCGAGUGAGACAUGUCAGCUCUAGAGAAGAAGCAAUUAAUCGUUGUCUUUCCUCGCUGAUUCAUGCCCUUAACUGCCGAGAAGGAGUCUCUUGUGUUGCUGCUGGCUGCCAAAAAAUGAAACGAGUUGUUGAGCAUACGAGAACAUGUCAAAGAAAAACGUCGAAUUCUCGUGGAUGUCCAAUUUGUAUGCAAUUGAUGUCUUUAUGCUUGUAUCAUUCAAAGUUGUGCCGUCAGACUGUAUGUCAUGUUCCUUUCUGUCGCAUAAUGAAAAGAAAACUGCAAGCUGCUAAUGAACAUAAAGCUCAGCAGCAAAGUAUUCAAAGUCUGAAGCCAGUUCCACAAUUUGUGAUUCCACCAAUAAACAACCCGCCUCCGUCAUCUGUCAGGAGAGAAGAAAACUCUUCUGAACCUUCGCCAAAGAGAAUGAGAUUAGAAAAUGAUUCUUCUGUUAACAAUGAAGCUCAACAACAUAAGCUUUCUUCCAUGAUCAAGAAUAAAUUUAUUUCAGCUGAGAGCAUUGAAAAUCAUGCUAAUGAUUGUUUUGAACAGCAGUCGCAAAAACUUUUGUCGCCAAGCAUAAACAAACGAAAAAGCAAUGAAAACACUUACAAAAUUUUCAGUUUUAAUAAGAAACAAAAAAUUGCAAUUGACGACAAUGAUGAAACUAAAACAUCUUCAUCGAUGCAACAGCCAAAAGAAUCACUGAAAUCUCCAUUAGCAGAGUUUAUAAGAGCUGAAAACUUUGAACAAUAUGUUGGUCAAAAACAAGUUGUUGGUGAUAAUUCUUUGAUUAGAAAAUUACUUAAAAGUAAUGAUAUCCCUUCGAUGAUUUUCUGGGGACCACCUGGUUGUGGGAAAACAACGUUGGCAAAUCUAAUUUACAAGCAACAAUGUAAUCAAGACAAAGACCAUUUUCGAUUUAUUAAACUUUCAGCAUGCACUAGUAACAUUAGUGAUGUCAAAGAAGUUGUUAAACAAGCGAAAUCUUACAAGGACACAGUUAAAAAGCGAACAAUUCUUUUUAUGGACGAAAUUCAUCGUUUUAACAAACUACAACAAGACGCUUUCCUUCCUCAUGUUGAAAAUGGAACAAUUGUUUUACUUGGCGCCACCACUGAAAAUCCAUCAUUUUCAUUGAAUAAUGCUCUACUAAGUCGUUGCCGAGUUAUAAUAUUGGAAAAAUUAAAAUCUGAGGAAAUAAUGGAAAUUCUCCGACGAGCAAUCAUUCAAUUCAAGGCCAUUGAAGUGAAGAAUGAAACAACAGAACGAAAUGUUUUAGAAAAUCAUGUCAGUAAACUGAAUUUUUCGCCAGAAAUUUGCAUAACGGAAGAAUGUCUUCAAUGGAUUGCAGAUACUUCUGAUGGCGACGCACGUAUAGCUUUGAAUAGUCUUGAAAUGAGCUUGAAGCAAGCAUCAGCUGCAAGAAAAGAAUCAGAUGAGGUUUUGAAGCCAAUUGUACUUAACGAUAUUAAAGAUGGAAUUAAGAAGAGUCACCUUCUAUAUGACAGAGUUGGUGACCAACAUUAUGAUAUAAUUUCAGCUCUUCACAAAUCAAUUCGAGCUUCGGAUGAUAAUGCGAGUUUAUAUUGGGUCACUCGAAUGAUGAUGUCUGGUGAAGAUCCAAGAUUUAUCUGUCGUCGUCUGAUUAGAGCUGCAAGUGAAGAUAUUGGUCUAGCUGAUCCUCAGGCUCUCAUCUUAGCAACUUCAACACUAACAGCAGUUCAACAAAUUGGAAUGCCAGAAGCUGAUUGUAUCAUUGCCCAGCUUGUUGUUUAUCUUGCUCGAGCACCAAAAAGCGUAGAAAGUUAUGGUGCAUUAUUGAAAUGUAAAAAUCAAAUAAUGAUUCAUAAAGGCGCCUUACCCUCAGUUCCCAUUCAUCUUCGAAACGCACCAACAAAAUUAAUGAAGAAUUUAGCUCCCUUGAUUAAAAUUGGACAUUACACACUUGGAAGGACUCUAGGAAAUGGAACGUUUGGGAAGGUCAAAAUAGGAGAGCACAUUGUCACAAAACAUAAAGUGGCAAUUAAAAUUCUUAAUCGUCAAAAAAUAAAGAGUCUUGAUGUAGUUGGAAAGAUUCGAAGGGAAAUUCAGAACUUGAAAUUAUUUCGUCACCCACACAUAAUCAAAUUGUAUCAAGUUAUUUCUACACCAACAGAUAUAUUCAUGAUAAUGGAAUAUGUGUCUGGUGGAGAACUUUUUGAUUAUAUUGUAAAACAAGGAAAGCUUCAUGAAUCCGAAGCAAGAAAAUUUUUCCAACAAAUAAUAUCUGGAGUUGAUUACUGUCAUCGUCACAUGAUUGUUCAUCGAGAUCUCAAGCCGGAAAAUCUGCUACUUGAUCACAACAUGCAUGUAAAAAUAGCUGAUUUUGGAUUGAGUAAUAUGAUGAUGGAUGGUGAAUUCUUAAGAACUUCAUGUGGUUCUCCAAAUUAUGCAGCGCCCGAAGUCAUUUCUGGAAAAUUGUAUGCUGGUCCAGAAGUUGAUAUUUGGAGUUGUGGGGUCAUUCUUUAUGCUUUGCUUUGCGGAACUCUUCCGUUUGACGACGAACAUGUUCCAACAUUGUUCAGAAAAAUUAAAUCUGGAAUAUUCCCUAUACCUGAAUAUCUCAACAAGCAAGUUGUUUCUUUAUUGUGCCAGAUGCUUCAAGUUGAUCCUCUUAAGCGUGCAACUGUUGAAGAAAUAAAGAAACAUGAAUGGUUUCAAAAAGAUCUUCCAGCGUAUUUAUUUCCAUCACCUGUUGAGCAAGAUUCAAGUGUUAUCGAUACUGGUGCUGUUACUGAAGUCUGCGAGAAGUUUGGAGUAAAAGAAAUUGAAGUUCAUACUGCAUUACUCUCGGGAGAUCCACAUGAUCAACUUGCCAUUGCUUAUCAUCUAAUUAUUGAUAAUCGCCGGAUGGAUGAAGCAGCUAAAGCUGAAAUAAAAGAUUUCUACGUUGCUUCAUCACCCCCUCCUGUUGUGACACCAUCUCAUCCUAUAUCCGAUCCGAACCCUGGUAAGCCACAUCCAGAACGUAUUGCUCCAUUACGUGAAAGAGCAUUGAAUCUUCAAACUUCUAGUUAUACAGAAGGCCCUACAGCGGUAGCAACACUUGUUGGGCAAGAGAAAUAUCGUGGAACUCCCGUUAAAAGAGCCAAAUGGCAUUUAGGCAUACGUUCACAAAGCAAGCCAAACGAUAUAAUGCUUGAAGUUUAUCGUGCCAUGAAAGCUUUGGAUUAUGAGUGGAAAGUCUUAAAUCCAUACCAUGUUCGAGUUCGUAAGAAGAAUAAGGAAGAUCACUAUGUGAAAAUGUCACUUCAGCUUUACCAGGUUGAUCCCAAAUCAUAUCUUGUUGACUUUAAAUCUUUGACAAAUGAUGAGGUCGAGCAGAGUGACGAUAUUAUUAGCCUUACACCACCUGUUAGCGGACAACAGCAGCAAUCCCAAAACCAACAAAUUACGGGACACCAUACAAUGGAAUUUUUUGAAAUGUGCGCAUCUUUAAUCAUUCAAUUAGCCCGAUAAAAAUACUUAUGUACUUUUUCUUUUAAUUUCCCACAAAUUAAAAUUGCGUCUUGUCGUGAUGAUGUAGAAACAAAAAGAAUUUAAAUCUUUAUUUUAUUCUUCUUUUAGCUGUAUAUUAUCUAUUGCCUUCAAAUAUUUGUGACAUGUCACUUAAAAGUUAUAAUAAAGUCACUUCAAAAUAUUAGGAAAAAAAGUUAUGAGCGGUAA